AUGGCAGCUCCCGUGAACAGUGUGGGUAAAACCUCAGCUGACCGUUUACAGGUUAAUUGUACGAGCUUUCAGAAGAAAACAAGGAGUAAAUUGAUCUCUAUACCCGGGACGAGACCUUCGGUCCAAAACGGACAGCUCUUAGUUUCAACCGGUGUCACGUCGCUGGACUACCUGCUCGGUGGUGGAUUAGCAGUUGGUACAGUGCUUCUCAUUGAGGAGGACCGAUUUGACAGCUAUUCCCGCAUGAUCUUGAAGUACUUUCUGGCAGAGGGAGUGGUGUGUCGGCAUGAACUCUUUGUGGCAACAGCUCAAGAUAACCCUGAUGAAAUCCUACAGGAGCUUCCAGCCCCUAUAUUGGAUGAUGUUGCUGUUCCUAAACCUGUGGAGCAGCCUAGACUGACUGGUGAACCCCAGGACAGUUUGGAUGCCAUGAAGAUUGCCUGGCGCUAUCAGAAUCUGCCUAAAGUACAGAGUGCUUUGGCAUCUUCCUCUCGAUUCGGACACUACUAUGAUGUCUCAAAGACGAUGGAGGUAGAGAUUCGCCAAGCAGCCAAGUGCCACCGCUUCUACCUUCCGGAUCACAUCACCCCGUCAUCAGCAGCACACAGGGUUGAGUCCUACUCUGCCUUACUGAAGUCACUGCAAGAGGUCAUACACAGAGAAGGCUUUGAUUUGGCGACCCCCAUGUCAAAGACACGUAACAUCCUGCGUGUGGGGCUUCACUCUUUGGGUUCAGCUCUGUGGGGGGACGACCUGUGUUGCCAUGACAAACCUAGACACAGCCACGCCCUGACUACCUUUCUGUAUGGACUCCGUGCGUUGUUGAGGUCAUCGCUUUCGGUUGCUGUAGUAACCUUGCCUUCACAUCUCAUCCAGGACAGAGCUCUAAUGGGCAACAUAACCCGGCUGUGUGACAAUGCCAUCGCCCUGGAAUCAUUCAAAGGCUCUGAGAGAGAGACCAACCCUCUCUACAAAGACUACCACGGCCUGCUGUAUGUGCGCCAGGUACCUCACCUGAACUGUCUGGCGAGGCAACUCCCUGACCACAAGGAUCUGGCCUUUAAGCUCAAGAGAAAACAGUUUACUAUUGAGCGACUGCAUUUGCCUCCGGACUUGUCCGAGACGGUGAGUCGUGUCAGCAGGGGGGAGCCUGUCGUAGUGGCGUCUGCCUGUGGCUCCAGCGCUUCCGGCACCAAAAACCUGGAUUUCUGACAGGAAACCAAAGACUGAAUAACUGUGGCCGUUGCCCUCUUUGCUGCGGCAAGCGGGGUGUUGCCUCGUUCAGGUGAUGUCAACUGCGAUGAAGCAGCCAACCGUUACCACCUGCCAACCAGGCCAGCCAGAGGUGAAGAUCUAAACAUCCACAACACCUCUGCUCAUAGCAAACACAUUUAUUGUUUGCAUUUAAUAUUUUUAUGCAAAUAUAUUAAGUUGUCAUGAUUUUGUCCGCACGUUAAAUGGUAAUCAUCUAGAAUGUCAUAAAAAGUUCCAUUACAAGACAAAGUUUGUUUCUUUUUACUUUUGUUAACCACGAAAGCUUGCCUCUGCCGCCAGUGUAAUCAUGAAAUAUUUUACAGCCUUUACAGAUUCUCCAUCUUGGGAAACAUUGAAUAAUUUAGCUUUGUUCUUGGCUUUCUUUACAAACAAGAGGCAUCUGCUGUGCUGCUCCACCAUUUAAAUCAUUCUGCAAAUACAAUCUAUGUUCUGGAACAGUGCAAUGUGCUCUUGUGAAAUUAAUUAAAGAAGAGAACAAGUGUGCAAAACCCAACACGGUCUCUCUGUUGAAUCUUGGUUCAACUCUGAGGAGCGUCCUGAAUGGCAGCGCUCUGGUCUGCCUGACUGGUUUCAGGUUUAUAUAGAAAUGCUCCAGUCUAAUCCACAGAGACAUUGCUGGUGAGCGGCAUCUACAUCCACUCGCCAGAGCUGAAACAAUAGGAAUGUGGGCAGAGGGGGUGCAGGCUUCACACCUCAUGUGCUGUGUUUGAUGGAUGAGCUGCUUUAAAGAUCAAAUUAGGUCAAACAGUUACAUACAAAAUUUAAAAAAAAAUUAAACUAACAUGAAAAAUUAAAUGUUUUAUGUUUGCUUUCUUUUGUUGGAAGCUGAUACCACUUUGAAUCUUUUUGCCUGUUGAAACUUGGUAGGAUGGGUGACAGUUUGCAACAUGUGUUCAGAGCAGGUUGUGAGACACACAAAAGCUCACUUUUAUUGGAACUUCUGUUUAAUAUUUUGGUAAUGACAUAUGAAGGACUGGGAUGGACUGGCGACCUGUCCAGAACGUACCCCACCUCUCGCCUGUUGAACCCUGGCGACCCCACCAGGGAUAAGCAUGUGAGAUAAUGAAUGGAUGGAUGAACAUAUAAUGGAUUAACAUUAAAAGUGAAUUGCAGGAGAAUAGAUUAAUUAAUUAAUAGUUUUGUAAUGUUUUUAUGUUUGCUUCUUUGUGCUCCACUGUUUGACCUGUAAACAUUCUGUGCUGGUUUGCUGUUCUUUAAUUUUCAGAUUAUCAACAAACAUCAUUUGGUUUUUAUCCAUGAAUAGAACAAAAAUAUAAACCAUCUCAUAUGAUGAAGAUUUGGCAUCACGUUUAAGUGGCUGCAACUCAACUUCACUGACAAAGUCGUCAUAAUGUUUCAUGUGUCUUGUUUAUUUUUUUCUUUUGCAUCUUCCCCCAACCUUAAGCGAGCCAUUGGCUAAUUUGAACUUUUUAUGAAUUAGUUUAUGGCAGUUUACACUCCAGUUUCACAGCAACAUUGCCUCAAUUUUCAACCAGCUAUUCAAAGUGUAAUUCACCCUGCAAUGAAUAAAUGUGGCAUUCAGUUUGUGUACGUUCCUCUCAGAUUGAGUUUGCUUGUUUCCACAUUCACAGUCUAAAUGUGUUUUUAAAUGAAGUCAUGGUUUCAAUUAUGCGGUGUUGGAUUUAUGGCCACACUAUUCAUGAUAAAGGGUAAAGUUGAUUUCAAUUUUUUCGGGUAAAGCUUCAAGGUUUUCCUGAUUGGUUCUUCCAGGGCUCAGCAGUGGGUUGAACAAGAUCACCACAAGUAGCCUUUUGUUUGUAACACAUAUUUUCUGUUAUCAAUAACCACAAAGUAUUUUAGGUCUAGUUAUACAACUAAGUAAUCUUAUCAUUUUAUAGACAUUUUUCUUUUGACUUGAAUCUUGUCUGAUUUCUAUUCAACAACAAACUUCCUGGUUGAGUGAGUGAAAGCAAUUUAGAAACUAAAUCUUCUUGAAGUAUGAUUCAUCUUGGGCUCAGCUGUAAUUGUGCUUUAAGUUUUGUGAAGAAAAGUAAUUACACAAAUUACAUUUGAGUUGUAGAAUUGUUCACUUCUAUAAGAAGAUACCUUUUGAAAUGCAACUGCAACAAAAGUUUCAAAUAGGUAAUAUGGGACUAAGUGUAUGAAUGUGUCCUUACAGCAGCUGUUCAUGUCCUUUUGACUCCUAACAAAUCUGUUUUCCAGAAGUUGCUUUAUGUUAGAGCUCACUUUCCUUUGGGUCAAGGCGCACUACGCCGCAGUUCCGUUUGAAAGUCCAACAUUUCUAAACCAAACAAAAUUUUUUUGAAAACUUUGCUUUGAUGCACCACAUGUAUUGGUCCAGGUUUUUGCUACAACCUAUGUACUUGUAUUAUUUAACAAGAACACGCUAUUACAUAGACUCUGUCUGUUGUGCUCGCUCCCACAGACCGCGGAGAAUUUAAGUGCCGCCUUCUGUUCUCUGCGGUUUGAACUCACGUUAAGAUCUCUCGAAAUGAACCCACCUCAAUAAAGAAUGGAUCUGAAAGCACAAA